AAUGACUUCUGAAACAAAAAAUAUUUUUAUUGAUCAAGAUUCACCCGCUGAAGAUAAUGAAACUACAGAGAGUUACACAGAUCCUUCAAUUAUUGAAAAUGCUUGUCCUCAAUGUACCGCGUUUCGUGCUAAUGCUGAUCGAGCUUGGGAUGUUCUGCGCGAAUUUCAGACUGCCAAUGAGGAAAAUAAAAAAUUUAAAAACGAAAUUCAUCAACUCGAAUCUCAGCUCAAAGAGAGCCGUGACUAUAUUUCUGCCUUACGACAACAGCAACAAGAUUAUGAUAAAAUAAUUAAAGAGAAGGAUUUGAAGAUUACUUUAUGUGAAGAAAAAAUUGUCAAUUUAGAGGAUCAAUAUAGUCGAGUUUUAAGAGCAGGUCGUCAACACCAACACGAUUCUGACAAAAUUAUUAAAGAAAAAGAUUUAAAAAUUAAAAAUGCUGAUGAAAGAAUUGCAACUUUGGAGUUUCAAUAUAACCGUUUAGUGAAGGCAGAACAACAAAAACAACAAGAUUUUGACAAUUUAAUUAAAGAGAAGGAUCUCAAAAUUGCUUCUUGUAAUGAAAAAAUUGCCGAUUUGGAAUGUCAAAGUAGCCAAUCAAAUUAUCAACAACAAAAUUUUGACGACUUAAUCGGCACUAAUGAUCUCUCAGUUAACAUUUAUCUUGAUAAUGUUGAUAAUUUUGAAAACCAAAAAGAAGAUAGGAGCAAUGAGGUGACAGAGAAUGGCGACUUAAACGAACAAGUUAGCGUUGUUGAUAAAGAAUUGGAACCAGAAACUUUACAAAAUCAAAAAGAAGAUCAUAACAACGCUGUAACAGAAAAAAACCUUGUUAUUAGUGAGGAUGCGAACGAUGUCAACAGGAACGAAGAUGUUGAUGUUGGUCAAGUAUUGGAAUCAAAAGCUUUACAUAAUGAUCCCACUGACUCUCUUGAGAUUGAUGAUGAUGAUUUGUCUUUGGACCAUCAUGAAUCAUCGUGUCGUCAACACCAAAACGAUUCUGACAAAAUUAUUAAAGAACCAGAAUCUUCCCAUACUGAUCCUACUGACUCUCUUGAGAUUGAUGAUGAUGAUAAUUUGUCUUUGGAACUUCCUCUUUCGCCUCCAAAAAUAGUAUCCAUGUCUAUCGAUGUGCCUCUGUCUAUUGAUGAGAUUUUUAAUUCUAGUUUCUUCCUUGAACAUGCAAAAAACAAAUUACUUGAUAAUUUGGGGCCUUUUGAUUUAUUGUUGCCUAGUCCUGCUCCUAAAUCUCCUGCGUCUAAAUCGCCUGCACGUAAAAAGAAUUUCCAAGUGUCUCAAGAAUUUCGAAAGGUGAAGGAAAAUGAAGGACCUCAAAUUUCGACUACUUCAACUACUCCACCACAAUUCUCCGUACAACUUACCGAUGAAAACCCUAAAUUGCAAAUUUUCAAUAUUUCAAAAAAAUACAAAAUCGAUAAAAAACAGGCUGCUCUUUUAUAUUCUCAAGCAAAAAGGGAUGAUGCCAACCGUAAACGACGUUUGGAACCUUCUGAUGACGAAAACGAUGGAGGUGAAAGUAUUGCAACUUCUGAAACUGUAAAAUCUGAAAAGGCUCCUCGACACCUUCUUCCUUGGGUGCCUCAUAGACCGGUUGUUCGGACACAAACUCGUUCUGUUUUGUCGUAUGAGGAUCACAAACGAUACGUUGGAAUUAUUGUUAACGAGUUGCAAUCCGUCCCAAAAUACCGAUUUGAGCACAACAAAACUGAAAUACAGGCAUUGGAUCAAAAAUUGGAGGAUGAACGGAAUUUCUACAUUAAAAGUGCUCUGCAGUCUGCUAAACAAUUUAAAGCUUUUCAUUUUGAUCCAGGACAAUUAAAGAUUUUCAAUGAACAUUAUCAUGAAAUGAUUAAAUUAUACAUUGGACAGCGAGUCUUUCAAGGCGUUUUGUCUUCUAUCCCAUGGCCACGAACCCAAAUUUUACAAGACUCACAAACAUCUCAAUUUCUUCACAUUAGAACUACCAAAAUUCUUUCUCCAGGAUUGGCUCCAAAAACUCAAAUACCUGAAAUUAAGCGAAAGUUUAUUUUUAGCAAUAAACCUGUACGUCAAAUGCUUGUUGAUCGAUUAAAGGAAAAGCAACCUAUUGAUGAAGAUAAACAAGUUGUUGAUUUUGCUCUUUUCAAUGGUGUUCAUGUUUCAAUGGAUGCUAGCACUCUUAGACAUUUAUUAUCUGCGCCUUGGUCACAACGAAACCAAACUUAUGCAUGUAAAUUGAAGAUUACUUCACGUGUUUUCUCUGGUAAACUUUGCAAAAUUUGUAUAAUUUCUCCUCCAUUAAUUGCUUCUCGUAUUCACAAAACUGCCAUACCUCGAGCAUUUGCAAAAUGGGGACUUAAAGCUUUUUUGUUUGGAAAUGAUCCUUCUUUUGCGGAUGCUGUGUUAAGUAACCAACCUAAAGAUAGCUGUCAAUCUCUUUUGGAUGAUCUUGGAUUGGGAGAUGUUGGCAAAGUUGAUACAAAAAAUUCGAGAAAGAAAUAUUCGAUAAUUUCUUUUGACGACCCAAAAUUGGAAAUUAGCCCUCAAGAACAGCAUCAAGUCUUAAUACGAACAAAUUUACAUGCAAACGAGGAGAGAAAGGAUGGUCAACUUCAACAAAUUUCUUUGACGGCCAGAGUAGAAUUUUUGCCUGAAAUUGGCGCGGAGAAAUUAUCAAAUGAAGAACAAAUUUGGAAUUUACUUACUGGAUUACUUAAAGGAUCAGAAGAGCAUAUUAAUUUUAGGCUUAAAGUGGAAAGAGAAUCUGUUGUUUUGCAAUAUGAUCGACGUCUUCCAACCAAAAUUUCUCAACUUUCUGUUGAAGCUAAAGCUAUUUUGGCUGGACGUAUAAACAGAGUAAAAACACUUCUUAAAGAACUGCCAAAAUUAUCAGUUGGGGAAUACUUACUUAUGCCGGAUGUUGACAACGAACAAUUACAGAUUAUCAAACAACAGACUGCACCUGAAGAAAUUAGUGUACAGCAGUCUACUUCUUUUGAUAAUGUUUAUGAAGAAGACAAGUCGAAUUUAUGGGAGGAGCCAAUUAGGAGUCGGACUGUCGGGCCUCGUUCUCUAGAAAAAAAUGUUUAUUACGAUGCUCAAUGGUUUGAUCGUUUAUUACAGAGCAAAAUUAUUUCUUCACAAAAUGAAUUAUUUGAUUAUUGGAAUGGUAUAGAUCCACAUUAUCCUUUGCAGUGGCAUGUUGUGAAAAGUCAAAUUCCUGGUGCUCUUUAUCCUAAAAGGAAUUGA